UAGCUCCUCAGAGAAACUUUGAAAUUGCUUUCAAGAUGUUUGAUCUAAAUGGUGAUGGAGAAGUGGAUAUGGAAGAAUUUGAACAGGUUCAGAGCAUCAUUCGCUCCCAGACUAGCAUGGGUAUGCGUCACAGAGACCGUUCUACUACUGGGAAUACCUUGAAGACUGGCUUCAAUUCAGCAUUGACAACAUACUUUUUUGGAGCUGAUUUGAAGGGGAAACUGACCAUCUCCCACUUCUUGGAGUUCCAGCGCAAACUUCAGCAUGAUAUUCUCAAACUUGAGUUUGAAAGGCAUGACCCUGUAAAUGGCCGAAUCACAGAACGUCAGUUUGGCAGCAUGCUGCUGGCUUAUAGUGGAGUACAGUCCAAAAAAUUGACUUUGAUGCUGAAGCAACUCAAGAAGCAUUUCCAGGAUGGAGAGGGACUAACAUUUGAGGAAGUGGAGAACUUUUUUACUUUCCUGAAAAACAUAAAUGAUGUUGAUACAGCUUUAAGUUUCUAUCACAUGGCUGGAGCAUCUCUUGAUAAAGAUACCAUGCAGCAGGUAGCUAAGACGGUGGCAAAGGUGGAGCUGUCAGACCAUGUAUGUGAUGUAGUGUUUGCUCUUUUUGACUGUGAUGGAAAUGGAGAGCUGAGCAACAAAGAAUUUGUGGCCAUCAUGAAGCAGAGGCUUAUGAGGGGGUUGGAGAAACCCAAAGACAUGGGCUUUACACGGCUCAUGAGAGCCAUGUGGAAAUGUGCCCAGGAGACCGCCUGGGAUUUUGCCAUGCCCAAGCAAUAACCACCAGAAGAAAAGAAGGCCUGGCUACAGCACCCACCUGGGCACAAAUCCUGAAUUCUCCUGCCCUUCCUGUGCAUCGUGGUAGAUGCUCUGUGAUGGAAGGCCUCCUUCAGCAGAAUGACUCUUCUUCAUUGCUGCACUGAAAGACAACCCUUGGAAGGCAAAGACUGUUUAGCUGCAUAGUUUACUUCAAAAUAUCUAAGCAGAAAUUUGAGUCCACUCUGACCUUUACCUUGACAGUGGUUUGCUUACUGCCCUACAGCAUUUUUCUGUUUUCCUUUAGGUUUUCCUUUUUUUGUCUCUGGAAGAAAACUAAACAAACCCCCUUGUUAAUUAGUUUUGAAUAUUCCAGCCUCUUCCUGCAUCUCCAGUAGAAAAUGGCUGAGCAGGAAUACUUCAGUGGACACUGUAUAGAAGGGAUUUGUUGGAUCAAAAAAACUCAUUAGAGUGAGUCAGCAUUUCCUCUUAUCCAGCACCCAUAAUCGAUCGGAAGCAUUUGAAAGACAGGGUGGGGUGAGGGGUCGUGAUAAAUAAAUCCUGACAUUCGUAAAUCCUUGCAAAA